GGUUGCCAGCGGAGGCGACAGUGGGGACGCGGCCUCCCCGGGCAGCCGAGUCUGCGUCUGUGACUCAUCGGGCUCCGCUGGGCCGCGCUGCCCGGGUCCCGCUGGGUGGAGCUGGGUCAGCAGGCACAGCCGCGGUCCUGUCCCUUGCUGAGCGCUCAGUGCUGCGGCCAUGGCCUCCGUCGGCAUCCGGGCACCCGCAGCCUCGCGACUCCGCAGCCUGAGCGGUGGCGGCAGUGUCGUGGAGUCAGUAACCUUUGAGGAUGUGGCUGUGAACUUCUCCCUAGAGGAGUGGGCUAUGCUGAAUCCAUCCCAGAAGAACCUCUACAAAGAUGUGAUGCAGGAAACCUUGAGGAACCUGGCCUCUAUAGGAAACAGUUUAGAGCACCAUAUCAUUGAAAAUAUAUACCGAAAUUCCUGGAGAAAACUAAGUGGUCAAGUGGUGGAGGGACUCUAUGACUUCAAAGACGAUCAUCAGUGUGCAGAAAUCUUUGACUUCACUACUCAGAGCAUUGUAAACCAGAACCCCUUUCCAGGAGUACAUAUAUGUGAAAACAGUGGAUGUGCAAGAGUAGUCAUUGGCCAUUUGUCUCUAAGUGUGCUCCUUAAACCCGACACAGAGCAUGAAUCAUAUGAAGAUCAGGAGUAUGGAAAGGAAUUGUACAACAGUAUGGAAUUUGGGGCCACCUCCAGUUCUCUCCCAUCGUUUGAGAACUAUGAAAGUACUUACACUCUAGAGAGACUGUAUAAAAAUGAGAAUUGUAAUGAAGACUAUAGAUUUGGUCAAAAUCUUCAAAAGACUUUGACUGAAGAAAAGCCCUUUGAAUGUAAGCAAUGUGGGAAAGCUUUCAGUUCUUCAAGGUACUAUCGAAGGCAUGAGCGACGCCAUCGGGCAAAGAAAUCCUAUAUAUGUAAGCAGUGUGGGAAAGCUUUUGCUUUUCCCACUUACUUACAAACACAUGAAAGAAUUCACACUGGGGAGAAGCCCUAUGUGUGCGUGCAGUGUGGGAAAACCUUUGCUCAUUCUCGUUCCCUUAAAACACAUAAAAGAACUCACACUGUUAGGGACCUCUUUGUGUGCAAUUACUGUGGGAAAACCUUACGUCAUUAUAGUUCUCUUCAAAUUCAUACAAGAAUUCACACAGGAGAGAAACCUUAUGUAUGUAAACCAUGUGGCAAAGCCUUCAUUACUUAUCGUUCCUUUCGAAUACAUGAAAGAAUUCACACUGGAGAAACACCUUAUGAAUGUAAGCAGUGUGGAAACACCUUCAUGCGUUGGAUUCAAUUACGAAAACAUGAAAUAAUUCACAGUGGUGUGAAACCCUAUGCUUGUAAGCUAUGUGGGAAAAGCUUUACUUGUUCUGGUUCCCUGAGAACACAUGAAAGAAUUCACACUGGGGAGAGGCCUUAUGUGUGUGACCAGUGUGGGUAUAGCUUUACUCGAUUGAACUCGCUUUUAAGACAUAAAAUAACCCAUACUGGCGAGAAGCCCUAUGUGUGUAAUCAUUGUGGGAAAACUUUUCCUCGUUCUGCUUCUCUUCAAAGACAUAUAAAAAUUCACACUGAGGAGAAACCCUAUGUAUGCAAGCAGUGUGGGGUUGCCUUUGUUACUUCUACUGAACUUCUAGAACAUGAACAAACACACAUUGAUGAAAAACCUUAUGUAUGUGAGCAAUGUGGGAAUGCCUUCGUGCUUUGGAGUCAGUUUCAAAAACAUAAAGCACUUCACAGUGUCCCCGUUUCCUAUAUUUGUAAGCAGUGUGGGAAAAGCUUCACUUCUUCCAGGUCACUGAAAACCCAUGAAAGAAUUCACACUGGCGAGAAGCCCUAUGAGUGUAAGCAGUGUGGGAAAACCUUCCUUUGGUCUUACUCCCUUCAAAGACAUGAAAAAACUCAUGGUGAUGGGAAGCCCCAUGUGUGCAAACAGUGUGGGGAAGCUUUCACGUAUUACAGUCAUCUUCAGGUGCAUGAAAAAAUACACAUUGAUGAUGAACCCUAUAAUUGUAAAUACUGUGGGAAACCCUUCUUCACUCUGAACCAUUUACAUAGACAUGAAUUACUUCACACUACCAUGGAUUCCAGUAUUUUUUAAUAAUGAGUUAGAGAAAAAAAAUUUUUUUGGCUUGGUAGCUUUCAAAGACGUAAGCAAAAUCACACUGGGGGGAAAAACCUGGAUUUGUGCUAGCAAAGUGGAAGAACCUUUUGCAUUGUUUCAUUGAAACAAACAUGAAGCGCCACAAUGGAAAGAAACAUUUUUUUAAAAAAAAAAUCAAUGUGCAGAUGGUUUUUGUGUUUAAAGUUCUUGAAGUACAUGAAAGAGAAACAAGCCUAUGACUGCAAGUGAUGUGGUGAAGCCUUCUGCAGUCCCAGAUCAUGGAGGAGACAUGAGAAAGCUCACUCUAGAAAAACUUUUACUUGUAUAUGUGGUGUUGUAAAAAAAACCCUUCACUUCUUCUUCAUUGCCCCUGAACACAUGGAAGGAGUCACUAUGGAGAGAAACCCUUCAUAUAUAGGCAAUCUUGGAUAGUCUUCAGGUAUCAUCACAUCCUCUCACAGACGUGAGAGAACCUACCGUAGAGAAACCUUAACAAUAGGAUUUGUGAACUCUUCAUUAUCAUCCUGAUGGCACUCACGAGAAUGUACAUGGGGAGAAUUCCUAUCAAUGGAAAACUGAUAUGAACACCACUUGGUUCAAUUAACAGAUAAGGAAAGAACCUGAUAUGAAGUGCUGAUUUGCUUGAAAGAGAUGUUCAAGUUUUCAUUUGGCACACAUGGAAACACCAGAUGAAAACCUUUGCUGUUGAAAAACAUUGAAAGUCUAGAGCAGUAGCAAAUAUAGGAAAAGUCUUUUGAAAUCUUUUCAUAUUUGAUCUGAUAAAUGUCAGUAUUAUGAAGGACUGGACAUAUUUUUUUCUUGUAGCAUGCUCCAGGAAAUGCACACUCUGAAGAGAAUGUUAUCAGUAUAGUAUUUUGUAUUUAUUGGAAAAUUUUCAGGGGCUGAUAGGAAUGGCUUAACCUUUAAAAGCAUUUGCUGCUCUUUAAAAGGACCUGCAUUUGGUUUUCAGCAACAGAUCACAGGGCUCACAACUGCAUGUGACUCCAGUUUCAGGAGAUCCAAUUCUUCCCACACACAUGUGACAUAGGUUCACAUGUUCACAUAAAAAUAAAGAUUAAAUUUUUUUGUCCCUGCUCCCCACCCAAAAGCUUUUGCUGUGUAUCCCAGGUUUCCCUGGAACUGGAAAUCUCCCAGGUUCUAGCUCUUGAAUGUUUAAUGAAAGAUGUCUGCCUCCACAUUCAUUAUCAUUAGCUACUAUUUAAAAGUUCAUCUCUUGACUCAUUUUUAAAUUUUACUCUACAAAGUAAGCAUUAAGCAGAGCGUUGUGUUAAUGUGGAAUGGCAGCUUAAACCCAUGAACUGGAGACCAGUAAGACCUACAUAUAAAAAAAUUACAUUAAUAGAAAGUGUAUUUUAUUAAAUUAUUUUGUGAGGUUUCUUAAAGCAAUCAUGUAUUAGUUUAAUGAGUAAUAUCUUUGUAUCAGAUAAGGUAGGUGCUUCUUUCAUUGUAAAUUAUGUUGGAAUCAUUGGUGAAUUGAUAUUUGAAAUAUGCCAGUCCACAUAAAUAUCUUUAAAAGGCUUUUUAGUAUUUGUGUGUGAGUGUGAGAGAGAAAGAGAUAGAGAGUAGGAAUGUGCUAGUGGAGGCCAGAAGAUGGUGUUGUAUCCUUUGGAGCUGGCGUUACAGGUAUCUGUGACAUGCAUGAUGUGUGUGAUGGGAUCUAAAUCCUAAUCUUCAUGGUAGAGCAGUAAGUACUCUUAACUGCUGAGCCAUCCCUCAAGCCCCUGCAUAAAUGUCUUGUUUUCAAUCAUGUUUAAUGGGUGGUUAAAAAUAUGACUUUGUGAAUAUUGGAAUAAUCCUGUUGGUUUCAUUUGGCUGAUUUUGUGUAUAUUCUCAUUUUUCAUGAAAAAAAAAAAACCACUUGUGCGUGCACGAGUGUGUAUGUUGGAGCAUUGCUUAUGUGUUGAUGGUAUGGUUUAUGAAUUAGUGGUGUUCACAAUGUGAACAAAGUAAUAUAUUGUAUGUCUUACUACUCUGUUGCUAUGUUAUUCCCCCAAGACAGGUCUCACUGAUCCUGGAACUGGACAGCCAGCCAAGAAAACCCAGCAUUUCUUGUCUCCUUACUCCCCAUAGUGCUGGGUGUGCUGAUACACUCAUGAUUGCACAGCAUGUGGUCUUACCCACAAAACCACCUCCUCAGGCCUAAACUCCUUUUAAAUUGAUUUUGUCUCUUGUGUUUAUGUUUUUCUCUGAUGUGUUCUCACAAUCCUUGAGUACAUGUUCUUUUAACUUUGAAGUAUUUUCAAAAUCCUUUUAGAAUAGCAAACAUUAGGGUGUGUUUAGUUUUGUUUUAUUUUUCCUAUUCAGAUGGUAGGUGUAAAUAUAUUGUAAUCAUAGGUCAGAUUACUUUGCCAAGUUGGCUUAUUUUUUACUUUUGAGAAUUUCAUGUAUACAAUAAAAGAUGAUCAUAUGUACCCACUAUUUCUCCUUCCAACUCUCCCUGUAUUCUCCCUCAUAUCCCCCUCUUAACUUUAUGUCUUUAAAUUACCCAUUAGGUCUAGUUAGUAUUGCUCAUACAUGCAUGGGUAUGGGGCCAUCCACUGGAGGAUGGGUGACCAGUAGUUACAUUUUCACAAAUGAUUCUCCACACCCCAACAGCUAUUCACUGCCAGUAGCUUCUUAGUAAGGGGUGGGGCCUGGAGAUAAUCUACCCCAUCUGUACUGGGAUUUUGGCUUGCUUCAUUUUAUAGGUCUUGUGCAUGCAGUCACAGUUGCUAUGAUUCUAGUAACCAUGCCAGAACCCCAGCAUUUCAUAGCAGUCCUCCUCACCCUUCAGUUCUUGCAUUCUUGUUGCUUCUUUGGCUUUCCCUGAGCCUUGGUGGUGGUAGGGAUCAAUAUAGCUCUCUCAUUUAAAGGUGGACAUUCAGUCUGUUCUUGUCCUUUGGCCAGUUAUGGAUCUCUCCGUUGACAUCUGUCCACUGUAAAAAGAAGCUUCUCUGACCAAUGCUGAGAGUAGCCACGGUCUGUUGAUGCCAGGAGCUGAGUGAUUGGAAGAAACUUGUGUUUUGUUUUUGUUUUGUUUUGUUUUGUUUUGUUUUUGAGAUGAUGUCAUGCUACAUAGCCUUAGCUAGCCUGGAACUUUCUGUGUAGGCCAGGCUGUUGUCAACUUGAGCUUAGUUUUGUUUUAUGUCAAGAACUAUUAUUAUCAUAUAUGUGUGAUUAUGGUGUUUCACUGUAUAAAUUUUGCUUUUCAUGUAUAUUUCUUCUCAUUGUGAUUUCUCUAGUCAUUACACUAAAGGAUAUACUGAUAUUACUGCCUUCUUGCCAAAAAUAUGUUCAAUAAAUUCUACUCACUCUCUCCGUACAUGACAAGUGAGUGGCUCAUCUGUAAAAGCAUUCUCCAUAGAGUUUCUGACAGGACUGAUGUUUUAAUUUAGGGGGUCUUACAAGGAUUGAUUCUUAGUUAAGUGUCCCCCAUGUUGGAUGCACUGAGGGGCAAAUGUAAUUCUGCUCUUGUAAUCAAAACAGCAGUUACCCAGAAGACUGCAGUACUGGAGUAAAAGGAGAUGUAAUUCAUGAGAUGUGCUAGUCAGUUCAUCAGUGAGUAUGAGGCACUUCCAUAUCCAGAAUGUUUUAUGGUUUUUCAGCUUGCAGAUGUCCUUGGAGAAUACCUUUCUGUCAUAGUCAUUAAGGAGCAUUUCUCAUUGGUGGAGGCUUGUGACAUGUCCUUCAGUGGCCUUGCUGUGUGAGGUGAACUAGUGUUUGGAUCCUUUAUGCAUUUCUUAGUUCCUAUAUAAACACUAAUGUUUAAUAAUGUUAAUGAUGAAUGCAGUUAUCCACAAGUUCCUAGAGUUUCCAUAGGGUUACAUUAUGAUAAGCCCAUAGUAAAGUGAAAAAUACAAGAAAAGCACUUUACAUUCAACCUAGUGAUCACCAAACCUUAGACUAGUCUAUGCCAACAUUUUUUGGACCCAUUUAUAUCUUCCUAAAGGUGAACAUUUAGGAGGGUUUCUUUUUCUUUACAUUUAAUUUUUUUUAAUGUUUUAAAAUUGUUAGUGUUUAUUUUGGCAUAAUUAUAGGUUUUGUAAUGACAUUGUGACCUAAGUUUUUAUGUACUUUAACCAUAAUCACUGUCUCUUGUUACCGUCCUUCUCCCCAGUAGUCCUGUUCUCCCUAACAGACUCAAUUAUGGUUUCAUCUCUCUUGUUUGUUAAAGUCUACAUUCUAUUCUGUAUGUAGCAGCACCAUUUGGGGCUGAGAGUCAUUUAUAUAGUGAUUUCUAGUCCCAUUCAUUUUCCUGCCAAGUUUCCUGUUAAGUUCUUAGACCUAGUAUAGUCUAAACUUUAUGUAUGCCUCAUUUAAAAAAUUUUAGUUUAUCUAUUGAUGGGCACAUAAGCUGAUUCUGUAAUUGAGUACUUUGAGUAGUAGUAUAUGAACCUGUAUACAAGUAUGCAUAGUAUAAUCUAACUUAGUUUCCUUUUGCUAUAUACUAAACAAUAGUACAGCAAGAUCAAAAGAUCAUAAUUUGAGUUUUUGAUGAAACACUACUAUUUUCCAGAGUGACCAUACUAACAUACAUUUCCAGGAACAGCCCUACAUUCUCACCAGCUUGUGUUUUAAUUUGGCUCCUUGAUAGCUAAUCACACUGGGGUGAACUUAAUUGUAUUGAGAAUUUUCAUGAUUUAUUGGCAAAUUGUACAUUUGUACUGAUUGUUUCCCUGUGUAUUGAUUCAGUUACUUGUUGGUUUGCAAUAUAAUUUGUGUGUGUAUGUGUGUGUGUGUGUGUGUGUUUUCUCUAUGUUAAACCCUUGAAAGGUAAACGAGUGUCCAAAGAUAUUUUCCCCCAUUCUGUAGCUUUCUCUUACAGUUGUUUCCUUUUUCUGUGUAAAAGCUCUUUAACUUCUUGCAAUGAUUCAAUCCCAUUUGUCUUUGGGGAUUUUCGUUUGUUUGUCUUUAACAUUGCUUCUUGCUAUGGAGGCCUGACUGGCCUGGAGUUUGCUGCAUACACCAGGUUAGCACCUAAUUUACAGCAGCCUUUCCUGCCUCUGGUUCCUGGGUGUUAACAUUGUAAUCAAGAGCCUCCAAUACCCAUUCCCUAUUUGCUAUUCUUCCUGUAAAUUAUUAGAUUCAGAAUGCCGUUGUCUGUGCCCCUAGCUUCAUGUAUUCUUUAAAUUUUCCUCUAUGAAUUUCAAGUUUUUUAGGCCUUAUGUUAAGGUUUUUGGUUCAGUUUGAGUUGGCUUUUGUACAGAAUGCUGGAGGGAUUUAGGGAUAUUCUUGUACAUAUGUGUUAUUUUCCUUGUUGAAGAGGCCAUUUAUUAUACUGUACAUGGUUUGGGUGCCUUUGCUGAAAUCAGAAGGUUGUAGCUACGUGGUUGUUCUGGGACUGUACUCUUCCAUUGCUCUACGUGUCUGCUUUUAAGUUUCACUGUUUCAUUUAAGUUGGUCUUUUUGCUCAGUGUUGCUUUGACUAUUUGGGUAUUUUGAUUUUCUUAUAAUUAUAGGAAUGUGUUUUCUAUUUCUAUAAAUAGUGGCAUUGGAGGUUUAAUGGGGGGUUGUAUUGAGUCUGAAGAAUACUUUACACCUUUUCAUAUUAUAAUGGUGCUGAUUUGUGAGUAUAGGAAUGUUCCCCAUUUUCCAGAGCCUUCAAUUCCUCAGUGUUUUAAAUUGUCAUUAUGUACUCCUUUCACCGGCUUGACUAAGUUUAUUCAUAGGUGAAUUUGACUUUUUGUCUUGUAACUUAUUUCCUAGGCUUUUGGAAGAUGAUUUUUUUUCCCUUGGUUUUUUGAUCACCAUUUUCAUUGUCAUAUAAAUAGCUACUGAUUUUUUUCUAUACUGACUUUAUUGUACUACUUUAUUGAAGUAGUAAAUCAGAUGUAGAGUCUUUUGGUGUGGCAGUUUGGGUCUUGAAGAAUAUGACCAUAGGGGCUAGAGAUGACUCAGUAGUUAAGAGCACUGGCUCUUCUAGAAGCCUGAGGCCUGGUUCCCAGCACCUACAUGGCAGCUCACAACUCUAACUCCAGUUCCAUGGAAUCUAGCUCCCUUUUCUGGUCUCUGGGCACCAGACAUAUGCAUGGUACACAGACAUACAUGCAAGCAAAACAGCCAUACACAUAUAAUAAUGUUUUUUUUUUUUAAAGACGAUCAUACUGUCUGUAGAGAUUUGACUUCUUCAUUUCACAUCUCUUUCUUUCCUUGUGCUCAAGAUUGUACUGAGGGGCUGUGUGUAGUAGACAAGUGCUGGACCACUAAACUGCACCCCAAUUCUUGGAUUCUUUCCUUUCUUUUCUCUUAUUUUGCCAGCUGAGAAUUCAGGAGAUGUAUAUAGCAGUGUAGAGAAGUGGACUCCUUUGUGUUAUUCCUGAUUAUUUUAGUUUUCCUGUUUGGUAUAAUAUUGGCUCUAGUUUUGUCAUUUAUAAUUUGUCACAGUGAGGUGUGUUCCUUUUUCUAGGUUUUUCCAGACUUUAUCAUUAAGGGACAUAGAACUUUGGACAAAGUCCACUUCUCCAUGUAUUACAGUGAUAGAGAGAUUUCAGUCCUUGAACAUCUGUGUUCUCUGUCACAUUUACUGAUUGCUAUCUGGGGAAACAUGCUUAUAUGUGAAGAAUGAGAUCAACCUGAUCAUAGUUUGUGGUAUUUUUAAUAUGUUGAGUUUGUUUGAAAGUAUACUUUUGAGGGGUUUUUGGGGGAGGAGGGUCUGUUUUCAUCAAGGAAUUUUUUUGUAAUUUUCUUCAUUGUUGAGUCCUUCAUGGUUUUGCUAUCAGGGUACUACUACCUUCCAAGAAUAAAUUAGUGUUUCUUCCCUUUAUAUUUAGUGAAAUAGUUUAGGAAGCUUGAAUUCAGUAGUGAAUUCAUCAAGUCCUAUGCUUUCCUUUGGGAGACAAAAUUCAUUUCUAACUUAGUUUUGUUGCUCUUUUUUUAUUUUUAUUUUAUUUUAUUUUAUUUUUGUUUUUUGAGACAGGGUUUCUCUGUGUAGCUCUGGCACCUUUCCUGGAACUCACUCUGUAGCCCAGGCUAGCCUCGAACUCACAGAGAUCCGCCUGCCUCCGCCUCCCGAGUGCUGGAUUAAAGGCGUGUCCCACUGCUGGCAGUUUGCUGCUCUUUUACAUUGUUCACAUUUCCUUGAUUUAUUUUUUUCUUCAUCUGUUCAUUUUGCUAUUGAUUGAGAGUUUUAUACAUGCACAUAAUGCAUUUUCAUCAAGUCCACCCACCCCUGUUUCUUUCCUUCUAAUUCUUCUUUUCCCUCUCUAUUUGCUCUCUAUUUUUUAACAGAUAGAGUUAAAUGCUGCCAGUGUAUACAUGGGUGCAAAGCUAUCUUUAUUGUGGCAUGAAUGUGCAACUGUCCUGUUAUGUCCAGAACACACUGUUUGACUACAAUAAUCCACUGGCUCUGGCUUUUACAGUCUUUCUGCUCCCUCUUCCAUAAUGAUCUCUGGUCCCCUGAGAGAAGGGAUUUGAUAUAGAUAGAUGUCUCAUUUAGGGCUGAGCCCUCCAAAAUCUCUUAUUCUCUGCAUGCUGACCAGUUGUGAGUCUGUUAAUUGCCAUCUACUGCAUAAAUAAAUAAAUAAAUAAAUAAAUAAAUAAAUAAAUAAAUAAAUAAAUAAUAAAACAAAGAAAGUUUUGGGAUGAAGGUUGAAAGAGAAAUUUAUGGGUGUUAAGAUACCCAAAGGAGUUGGUUUUCGCACCAUGUCUUUUUAACAGAAUAAUAGAAAGUUCUCCACCUUAAUGGUGCUGAGCAUGAGUACCAUCUUGUGGAGUGUGUGGAGUGGGCCUUAAAUCUGGUCAAAAAGUUGUUGGUUAUUCCCACAACAUUCAUGCCAUACCCAUGGUCCUAGACUGAUCAUCACUGUAGAUCAGAGGGGUCUCAGCUGGGUAAGUUUGCUGUGUCAUCUUCUCCCCUGGUAGUAGGCACAGCACCUUCCAGCACCAUGGUGGGAGCUAGCAGUAGGGUGAAGCCUCUAGGUCAGUAGAAGCUUGAUUUCUUCAUGUUCUGUGACUCAGUAUGUGGUAUCUGCAGUAAUGGGGUCUUGCCCUCAAGUUAUGUGUGGUAACCAAGGACAAUAGCAAUAGCUUAUAAUAUUGGGGAGGAUGUCUAUGGGACUCUACCUUUUGACAUAAUUUUGAUAUUUCAUAAAUGUCUUGAAACUAUUCUUGAUUUUACAGUUUAUUGUGAUAUAAGUUUUCAAACUAUCAAAUCAUUUUCUGGAUUUUAUUUACUGUAUAGUAUAAUGUCUUCCUUUUCAACUCUAACAUUCAUAUGAAUAAAACAUAAGAUAAUAAACAAUGAAGUACUUAAUUAAAACUUUGUAAAUAGUACGACUGCCUGAAAGUUGUGUAGGGAGCAGCUAUAGGGUUGAAUGUUUUUGAGUGGCCACCCUUUCUCGGUGUACUUUUUGGUGGUGCAACUGACUUUGAGUCACCCAUACACCUGUAAGUAACCCCUCAUUAAUACUCCUGUAAGUAAAUCUCAAUAAAAUCAUUGUUCUCCGA